GACUGAGAGUCAAAUCGGCACGGCUCUGAGGCAGUGAGACAACAUUUAUUUAAGUUUAAUUAUCCAAAUGCAUAUGUAGGCACAUACGUCACAAGCACCGCAAAAACGACAAAUCAUGUCAGCAAAUCAAUCGCCGACAUCAAAUUAAUUAAUUGCUAUAUUAAUCAAGAUUACUCAAAUCAGUAAGCAUUAGUUGCUAUAUAUUUAAUCAAUAUUACUCAUUCGGUCAUUCCUCCAAAUCAUUCACUUUGCCGAGAAAUUCACAGAGCAAUGACAACUGAAAGCUAUGAACCUCACUUUCUUUUCAUACCCUUGAUGACUCCAGGCCAUAUUAUCCCCCUGAUGGAUAUUGCUAGAUUACUGGGAGAGCGGAAAGUGGCUGUCACCAUGGUUAUAACCCCGCUAAACGCUACUCGAUUUGGUUCCAUCAUCGACCGCGCCGCUAAAUCAGGAUUACCGAUCAAUUUCCUACAACUCCAAUUUCCCUCGACUGAGGUUGGCCUGCCCAAAGGCUGUGAAAGCAUUGACAAGCUACCUUCACUUGACUUGAUAGGCAAAUUCUUGACAGCACAAAGCAUGUUGCAGGAACCCCUUGAGCAAUCAUUGCAAGAGAUGAAACCACUUCCAAGUUGCAUAGUGACAGACAAAAAUAUCCCUUGGAUAGCUGUUACUGCCUCAAAGUUCCAGAUACCGAGGAUAUUAUUUGAUGGGACGAGCUGCUUCACUCAUAUAUGCUCUCACAUUUUGCACAAAUCUAAGGUCUACGAGCAUUUGUCGUACUCAGAACCUUUUGUGAUACCAGGAUUACCUGAUCGAAUUGAAUUCACAAAAGCACAGCUGCCUGCAUCUUUCAAUCCAGGUUCCAAUAAAGAUUUGAAAACUUUCCGCCAAACAGUGAAAGCUUCUGAGGCAGGAGCAUUUGGAGUGUUACUUAAUAGUUUCGAGGAAUUGGAAACAGAAUACGUAAAGGCAUAUCGAGAGGCCACUGGAUUUAAAGUUUGGUGCAUUGGUCCUGUAUCAUUAUGCAACAAAGAGAGCUUAGAUAAGGCUGAACGGGGUAGGAUACCCUCAACAGAUGAAAACCAAUGCAUGGAAUGGCUUGAUUCCCAGGCACCAGGCUCUGUAAUCUAUGUUUGCUUUGGAAGCCUCAGCCGCAUACCAUCUUUACAGUUAAUUGAGAUCGGCAAAGCCUUGGAAGCGUCAAACAGACCAUUCAUUUGGGUUUUAAGAGAAGGAUAUAAAAAAGAAGAAAUGGAUAAAUGGUUAGACGAAGAGGGAUACGAGGAAAGGAUUAAAGGACGAGGCGUUUUAAUCCGGGGGUGGGCACCACAAGUAUUAAUUCUAUCUCACCAGUCAAUCGGAGGAUUCUUAACACACUGUGGCUGGAAUUCAACGCUUGAAGGAAUCUGUGCUGGUAUUCCAAUGAUUACAUGGCCAUUGUUUGCCGAGCAGUUUUAUAAUGAAAAACUCAUUGUACAAGUACUAGAUAUAGGAGUUGGGGUAGGGACUCAGCAAGUUGCUAUGCAGUUUGGGGAAAAAGACAACGCGUUUGGGGCGUUGGUGAAGGCUGAAGACAUUGAGAAGGCUAUAAACAAGUUAAUGGGUGGAGGAGAGGAAGCAGAAGAAAGAAGAAAAAGGGCAAAAAGGCUUGCAGCUCAAGCAGAGAAAGCAGUAGAACAUGGUGGAUCUUCUUACCUCAACAUUACAUUUUUCAUUGAAGAUGUUGUACAACAGGCAAAACACAAUCGAACAAAGUUCUAAAGGUGCAGUCUAUGUCACGCUUGAUGUCAGAAUAAUCUUUGUCCCUUCAUAGUUGGAACAACAGUCAUCAUCGAAAAUCUGGGUGUUUGGUUAACAUUUCUUGCUAGGAAAAUAAUUCAUGAUGUGACAUUUAUAACUUUGCAAUUGGUGAAAUUUGUUGUAUCCUCAAAAAAAAAAAAAAAAAAAAAAGUUCUGAUCACCUGUUAUUGCACGGAAUCGUUUGAAAAAUUUUCUGCCCAAUUUGGCUGGAAAUUGAAUCGUGGAGUCUACAUGUCAAGAGUUAAUCAAGGAAAACUAAUCCAUCUUUUCCAAUCAUAACGUAAUUUACAAGGAAU